AUGGUGUAUACGGUGACACUGUCUGGAAGCCAUGGGCGUAUCUGGACAACCAAGCCCAGGGUUGCCCGCAAUGGUGUCCUCACUCUGGUGGCUAACUCGCUCAACGGCUCGGCCACCCGGACGCCAUUCACAGCUGCUGCCUUUGCGCCCUCGGGAGCCACCUUUACUCUUGCUGAUGCUGCUGGCAAGUGUUACACCUUCCAUGUCCUCUCCAAUCGAUACUCGCUGCUGCACUCUGCUAAUGGCCCGCCAUCGGCUCUUGCCCAUGCUGCUGCUGAUCUUGUCAUCGCUCCGCCAAGAAAGCCUCUCGCUGUCGUCUCGGGCUCUACUGGCGCUCCGCUCGCCGCCCUGAGGGGUCACCGCAAGCCGGUUGCCGCUGUUUCAGUCUCAAAGCUGGGCGUUCUCACUGUCUCGCCCGACGCCGCCCUGCUGUGGGAUCCACUCGGCUGGGCCAAGACCCGUGCCCUCGGCGGCGAGAGCGACGACGGUGCAGCUGUCCCGCUGCGAACGGCAGCGCUCGGCGACACCGUCGCGGUCACCGUCCUAGCCACCGGUGCGAUUGUUCUGUGGGACGGCGCUUCGUUCAGCGCCACCUAUCAGCUGCACCUGCCCAAGGCCGAGCUCGAGCUCGACGUGACUGGCGUCGCGCUCUCGGGUGACGACCGCUACGUCCUCGGCUGGGGCGCGGCGCCGACGCUGGGCGUGGCAGUGUGGCGGACCGUCGACGGCUCGCUGGCCAAGAUCUUCUACCUGCCUGCUGCCGCCCGCGGCGUCGUUGCCGGCGCCUUUGUCCCGCCGGACGGCAAUGCGCACUGGAGCCUACCGAGUCACUCGCCGGUCCUCGCUCUGCUGUGUGACAACGGCGUGCUGUACUUUGUCUCGCUCGCCUCGGGCGUCGUGCUGGCGCAGAUUGGCGGCAAGACUCGCCCGCUGACUGGCUUUGCACUCUCACCGUUUGGCCGCUACUGUGUGGCGCUCACACACGACGGCCAUGCUGCGCUGUACGACCUCGAGGUGGUUGGCGCUCGAGCAAGCUCGAGCUCCACCUCGAGUGCGGCGUCGGGCGAGACGCUGGUGGCCAAGUCGUACGGGCCCGACGCGACGCCGGCGAUGCCGGUUCCGUCUGCGGCCGAGAAGCGGCAGCAAGCGCGCAAGGGCAAGUCGAGCGCUGGCUCGUCGACCUUUGCGCAUCCGUCGUCGGCGGCAACCGGCAAGCUUCGUGGUGGAUGGACCAAGUCCGGCUGGCCUGGCGCGUCCAAACCGGCGCCGCGGGCCGAUCCGCCGCUGGAUGUGCGGGCGGGGAAGACCGGAUCGGCGUCGGCGCUGCUCUCUGCCGACAAGCUCGCCUCGCUCCUCCUCGAGUACGGCGAGUACCCGUCCAAGUACCGGCUGCUCAUUUGGCGGUUCCUCCUCCAGGUUCCGAGCAACAGCGAGGCGUUUGAAGCGCUGGUGGCCAAGGGAGUCCACGUCUCGUGGUCGCGGCUCGCCGAGACCUACCCGAUCUCGUCGCGCAAGCUCUUCAAGCUCCUCGAGCGACAGGUCUCUGCGCUCGCCCACUGGGCGCCGAUCUUUGGCGAGCUCUCGUGGCUCCCGCAAGUCGUCUUUCCCUUUGUCAAGCUCUUUGCCAAGUCGGACGACGUGGUUGUCUUUGAGGUCCUAGCCACGCUCCUCACCCAGUACACCGGCUCGUGGUACGAGUACUACCCGAACCCACCGAUCAACACGCUCGCCCACGUCGAGGCGGUCCUCGAAACUGGUUAUCCGGAGCUCGCGGCGCACUUUGCGGCCGUCGGCUUCUCGAUGGUCGAGGUUGCGUGGCCGCUGCUCUCCUCGCUCUUCACCGACGUCCUCACCCGCGGCGAGUGGCUCAAGCUCAUGGACCACGUGUUCUCGGGCCCCAAGGACUUGCUCAACUACAUUGUUGCCGCCUAUCUCGGCGCCUUUUCGUCGGCGCUGCUGCGGGUGACGUCGCGGAACGACCUCGAGUUCUUCCUCACACACCACAACGCGGUCAACCUCAACGCAGUCCUGCAGGCGGCGUACGGCCUAGUCGGCCGGGCGCCGGCCGGUCCGGACGCCGGUGCGCCGUUUGUGGCGCUUCCGCCCGGCGCGGCGUAUCCCAUCUUCAAUGCAUACCCGCACUUUGUCGUCAACUACCAAGCCAAGGAGCACGCCCGCAUUGCGGCCGACGAGGCCGAGGCCUCGCGCAAGCGGGCGACGAUCGAGGAGCUCGCCGCCCGCGCUGCCGCCAUCGAGGCUGAGGAGGCCGAGUGGCAGCGCCAGCAGGACGAGCUGCUCAAGGCCGAGCAGGUCCGCCGCCGCCAGGCCGCAGAGCUCGAGGCACAGAGCCUCAAGCAGCGCUCGCUCCUUGACGCCCAGGCCAAGGAGCAGCGGCUUGCUCAGCUGGCGGUCUACGAGGCCUCGCGCAAAAAGUUCAUGGAGACCCAGAAACGCGCACGCGCCGCCGAGCUGGAGCGUCUUGACGAGGAGCUCGCGCUCGGCCGCUCACGACUGGCGUACGAGAUGCGGCAGCGGCUUGAGGAGGAGGCGCUGCUCAAGCUCGAGUUUACCGCCAUGCAGCGACUGCAGGAGAUGGAGGCCGAGCGCGAGCGCGAGUCGACCUCAGUCCACCUGCGCACCGAGGCCGAGGCGCGGCGCAAGCAGGACGAGCUGCAGGAGAAGAUGCUGUUCGAGGCGUGGCGACUGGAGGAUGAAGAGCGCAAGCUCGAGCAGGAGCUCGCCCGCUCGAAGCUCUCCAAGCUGGCGUCGCUCGAGGAACAGCUGCGUGCCAAGGCCGCGCUCGACGAAAAGUACCAGCUCGAGCAGCUGGAGAAGGACUUUGCCCUCGCCGAGGUCAAGCGCGAGCGCCGCCUCCGCCAGCUCGCCGAGGACGAGGCCAACCGUAUUGCUCUCGAGCUUGAUGAGAAGCGCCGCUACGAGGAGCUCCUCUCCAAGCAGGACGAACGCGAGGUCCGGGUCCUCACCGCCGAGGAGCGCAAGUGGCGCCAGGCCAAGGAGGACGAGCGCAAGCGCAUCCUCGAGCGCGAGCGCCGCCGCCAGAAGCUCGAGAUGGAGCGCCGCCGAGAGAAGCUGACCCUGCUCGAAAAGGCCCAGCGCCGCCGCGAGUUUGAGGAGGCGCUCGAGGCCAAGCGUGAAGCUGAAGAGGCCAACGCGCUCGCCGAGGAGAAGGAGCUGCAGGCCGCCGUCCUAGCGCUCGAUGAGGAGCGGAACAAGGAUCGCGUGCUCGAGGAGGAGCUCCUCCUCAAGGAGAAGGAGCUCAACGACAAGGUCGCCUUCCAGGCCAAGCUCCGCUCCCUGGAGCAGCAGGUCUACGCCUCGGAGCGCGCCCGCUUUGCCGCCUUCCGCCACGAGCUCUCGCGCAGGAUGGAGCUCGACAACGAAGAGGUCCGCCGCCAGCACGAGCUCGCCCUCCAGCAAGCCGCUGUCGAGCGCGAGGCAAAGAUGGCCGGCCUCGAGGCCGAAGUCCGCGCCCGCGUCGAGGCCGAAGAACUGGCCAAGUUAGAGGCCGAUCAGGCCGCUGUCCGUGCCCGUGCCGCCCGUGUCCGUGCUGGCGACGGCUCCGGGUCAACGACGGCCGGCGGGAGCGGGACACCGACGGGCGAGACCGGACCCACGACCCACCGACGGGUGCUGGAGACUCUGGUGGCGGCACAGGCAGCCCACAUCGAUCGGUUGCUGGCACGGAAUGCUGCGCUGCGUGCGCGACUGGAGGGUGCGGCGGUAGGUGGCGUGGCUGGUGUGUAUGGGCGAUACGGCGGGCUUGCGGCGAGCUUUGUUGACGCUGCCGCUGUCGACCGGUUGGAGACUGCCUUUGACUCGCUCGUCUACCAGAUGCGCGAGAUUGUGCUGGGGCAGAGGCUGCGCGCAGAAGCGCUGACGUCAGAGACGGGAACUGGUGAGACAGAGGCGAUGACCAAGCUCAUGGACGAUAUGCUGGCUCACAUUGAUGCAGCAGAGGCUACCGCUCGCGCACUUGGUGCGCCGCCGCGGUCGCGGCCUGGCGAGACCCGCGGAUCACGGCUGUCGCAACGCUCAUUCUCGGGCUCGUCGUUGGGAGAGAACCAUCGCUCGGGCUCAUGCUCGGGCUCAUGCUCGGGCUCGGGCACCGGAUCCGACUCGGGCUCGGGCUCGGGCUCGCGGACGCCGUCACCAUCGGGCUCGAUGGACGAGCUUCUCGCCGACUUUGAGCUCGACCCGAACACCUCAUUUGGCGACAUUUCGCUCGUCUCCGAGACAGAUACCAACUUCGGCAUGUCUGCGGCGCAGCUGAUGCUGGGCCGACUGGAUAGGACCUGCUCGGACGCGUCGAUGGUCCAGGUCAUUGCUGACAUGCACUCGGUCAUGAACUCGGAGAUCAUGUCGGCGCUCGCCGAGUACUCGAGCUCGGGCUCGGGCGCCAUAGGCGCCAGCCCGUACUCGGACGUCGACGACGAGUGCUCGUCGUCGGCACACAUUGCCGAUGCACAUGCCGACGCCGAUUCGGCGUCCGGCGGAUUGGAGGCGUCGCUGCCGUCGUUGGAGGAUGCGUCGUCGGACGACGGCGGGGAGUCGGUUGUUGCAGCCGCACCAUCGCCGGACCCAGCGGCCACCCCUGGCGCACUGCGCAUGGAUGAGAACGAGCUGCCUGCGCUGCUGGCGCCAUCGCCCAUACCACCAACAGCAGCUGCUGGAGCUACAGAUCCCAGCAGAGCUGAUGAGCCCGAGACACUCACACACAAGCCCGAGGUGCCGGAUGCCGGCUGGGAUGCGGCCGCUGCUGCCGUCGCCGCGUCAGCUUCGGAAGAGCCACAGCCGCGCGCCCUGGUACCAGCGCUAGAUGUGAUGCUUUCGUGGACUCACUCGUACGACGAUUCCGACUCUGAUGGCGAGUCAUCGUCGUCGUCGACCACGGAGCCACCACCUGUCAUUGCGCACUGGCUGGCGUCGUGCCAGGCAGUGCUGGGCGAGAUGUACGAGUUUGGCAAACGUAUUGCGCUCAACGACGACAAUGCUGUGUACAGAGUCAAGCUUGUGGGCAGCAGCGAGGACGCGCCCGAGUUUGCGCUCAAGCUCUUGAUGGAGCGCGACAUUGUGGACGGGAUGCCGUCAGGCGAGGCGCAAGCGCUGAUGCUGCUCCGCGGACACCCGUGCAUUCAGGAGAUUCACUGGUGGGCGGCCAUGGCGCCGCUUUCGUGCCUGGUCAUUGUCUCGCCACUUUUGCGCGAGGACAAGGUCGACGUCGACGAUCCGAGCGCAGUGCAGCAGUACAUGCACGACGUGAUCUCUGCGCUCGCUUUCACCCACAAGCGCGGCAUCGUCAACCGCGACAUCAAGCCGGAGAACAUCAUGUACAACGCGGAGGAGCGGCGAGCGAUUGUGAUCGACUUUGACACGGCGGUGUAUGUGCGGACGCACGCGGACCGGCCGACGUCGCCAACAGGCACGAUUGCGUUUAUGGCACCCGAGGUCAAGGCGCUCGACUCGCACCCGUCCACCCACACGCCGUACGACUUUGCCGUCGAUGUUUUCUCGGCAGGCAUUGUCUUUGGCAACAUGCUCUUUGAGAGCUACAAUCCCAAGUACCCGGACUGGUACCUCGACUUUUCCAACGUGGCCAAGCUCUUGGCGGCGAUGAAGGCGGAGCUGGCGGCGGCGCCCGCCGCUGACUAUGGCGUUCGGUCGCACUUGGCGCUCGACUUGCUGGAGAAGAUGAUUGAGGCCGACCCGGGACGGCGCAUCACUGCUGAGCAAGCGCUGGGCCACCCGUACUUUGCCGGCCUCACCGAGCGGGAAAUGCUCCCAGUCCCGCCGCUCCAUACGCGGCCGGGUUACGCAUCGCCGUCGCCGUCGCGCUCGGUGACGCCACCGCAUGGCGGCGGCAGCUCGCCAAUCUCGCCGAGCGAGACCAUGGCCAUUGCGAGCCAUAGUGGCGGAUACAUGAUGUCGAGCUCGGCGUACCACCAGAACAUGAUGGGCAUGUGGCGGUGAUGGAGCGAGGCAAGGCAAUCAGUCGAGCUCGUCGAAACGCAUCAUUUUGCGACGCAUCUCCUCGGCAUCAGCGCCGAUACGGAGAGGCGACUGGGCGGCUAGCAGCGCAGCCUCGCGCCCAGCAGGCUUGAACGGCGUGUCCUCGUACGACGCGAGCCCCGCGGCGGCGUCGGCAGCAAGCGGCUGGUACACCCAGCUGCCGACGGCUGCGUUGCAGAAUGGACACGGUCCACCAUCGGCCGACGUCGCCACAUACUCGGACGCACAUUCGCCGCACGACGAGUUGCGACAGCAGGACGUGGCAUAUGCCGAGCCAAAGUACAUCAUGCACAACGGGCAGUAAAUGGUGGCAUCGGCGGUGGCA